AUGAAGACUGAAGAGUACACGUGUGCAAGGUAGGGUCAUCAAGAGCUGAAUCUUUAGUGUGUACGUUUCCUUCUUAUUCUGUUCCUCCUCGUACACUUUUCUCCGCACAAGUCACAAUUCCUUCCAAGUUUUAUCAAACUGUUCCCAAUCUUUUCGUGUUCGAAUCUUCUUCAUCUUUUUUUGUCCCUUCGAAAAGCUAAGGAAUUGGUGAAUUGGUGUAUGACAUGAAGCCUUCUGCAAGGAGUUCAUAGAUUUUCUCUUCUUAGAAUAAUCAAUUAGAACCACCUUGAAGUUGAGACAAGAGUAAUUGCAGCCUUAUUUUAAUUAGACAAUAUCAGGACAAAUCACUAUUCAAGAGAUAUUAUGAUCACUAUGGAUGUAAAAGGUAUAAGAUGGGUUGGAAAUAUGUACCAGAAAUUUGAGAAUAUGUUCCUGGAGGCAGAAGACGUGAUGUACGAGGAUACAGUUAAAUACAUAGAGAAUCAGAUGCAGACUGUUGGGGAAAGUGUUAAAAAGUUAUAUUCAGAAAUUGUGGGAGAUUUACUUCCCCCAGGUGAAAAGGUAAGCAUUGAAUUGCCUAUUGAUAAAUGUGCGGAUGCUGGGCUCUAUAAGAAGCCAUUCCAUGUUUAUAAGGAAAGACAUGUAAAAGCUGAUACCAAGCAAACAACUGAGGAUUCAAGGAUUGUUCUUGGUGUUGAUAAUGUUGCCAGACUUGCUUCUUCCACAUUAUCUUUGAGAAAUUCUGUCAAAGAAAGCAAUUUUAGUUCACCUUCAAGACAGUAUGUUAGAAGAAUGGAUGUUAUAUCAAACCUUGGUAUUGAUGAAAAUCCAGUAAAUAAAAAAAUGGCUGUGACCAAUAUAAUCAAUGAAACCACUUUGGCAGAAACAGUUGCAUGCCGGACAUCACAAUCUUGUGAGAUCUCAAAUGAAAAUGAAAAUCAGAACCAUGGAGUUACUGUUUCAAAGCCAGCCUCAGCAAAAGUGGCAAGGCUUGCCUCUGACACAGAUUGUUCAAAUGAAAUUGAAGAUGCUAGUACCAAACAAUUCCCCAAUGUUCCGCAACUAGUUAAAGCAGCUGAAGAGAAACCCAUUGAUAAAAGUUCUUCCUCCUGUGUCCCAUUUGGAGAGCCAGUUGAACAAGGUCAUAAAACCAUGCAAGAAGAUCAUCUGAAGCUUGAGGAAGCCUGUGUUAUGGUGAAUGGAGAUGAAAUCCAAUUACCUCCCAAAGCAGGUGGUAAUUUAAAUACUAAAAAGAAAAAGGCGCGACAAACCUUUUCUUUGUCAAAGAAGUCUGCCAGAAAGCAAGAGUAUAAGGAGCUUGCAGCAUGGCAUAUGAACAGUGAAAAAGUAAAGGGAGAUUGCAUGGAGAAUUUAGAUCCAACUUUACCACAAGAUAAUAAAAAAUUACUGCUUCCUAGUAUGUCUGAACCUGAAUGGGAGCUUCUCUAAUUCUAAAUGCCAGGAUGAUUAAGUUGUGUUCAUACAAAGUCAAUCCUACAAGUUUGGAUUCACUCAUAAGUCCAUGUGUGGAGAUUAAGAUGCCCUACUGGAAAUUUAAGAUGCUGAAAUGAUAUAAAUUCAUACUAUAUUUCUGCUAUAUUUAUAGUUCUUUCCUAGCAUCUAAACUCUCCUACACAACCUUUUUCUUUUUCCUGCUCACAGAUUAGAGAAAAGGGAAGCUGUAAUUAAGGCCAUUGAAAUGAGAAUGUCUAAUAGAAUAAAUGAAACUUCUAUCUAUUUUACAAAUACUGAAAGUUUUUAUUUACAUAUUCUCCA